AUGAACAUGCAAUCACUACCUGUUACUCCCAAGCGCAAACGUGGUGGUUCUAGUGAUGACUACCUAGAGGGGGCCUCUACCGUCUCAGGGUCUGCGCGAAAAAAGGCGAAAUUGUCUCCUCAAACACCUUCCAAAUCGGCGUUGGCCAAAGCCGAGGCCGCGAAGAAGAGGGAAUGGAAGGCGGCCUGGAAUGAACAUGUCAGGCUUUCCUACUGGCAAAAGGAUGACAGUUACCGACAGAAGGUCAAUACUUACGAAAUCCAUCGGUCUGACGCGAUGCAAUUCUACCGACUCAAAGCAGCUGAGAUGGAUACUCUCCCUUACUGGGAGUUUGAAAACAACAAUUAUCCCUCUCAUCCCGGGCGGUCAUACUCCCACGAGGGUGUUCUCAUGCUCGUCAGUCGUAAAGCUGCUAUGCUUGCGGGGCUGCACGAGAAGGGGCUCCGCGAGCACGAUCUUCUCAGACAAGGGAAGGAACUGUUCAAUGAUGAGCAAGCGCGGCUUCUCCAACGAACGCCCAACAAGAAGACAAAGCCACGCUUGUGGAAGAUCGUCAACCGACACGCCAAUCGCGAACGAAUGGACUGGGUCUCGAUGCCGUCUGGCUCUUGGGAAUCGCCUGUAUGGGAACAUGGCAAGGUCGUCGGCCACUGGCUCAAUUAUCAGUUCGACCCCAACAUUGGCCCUGAAGAUGACUGGAUGUUUUCCCCGGCUAGGUUUCGUCCCUUGGGAUCAUCGCAGCGCAUUGAAAUGCCGUGA